CUAGCCACACGGCCCUCGCCCGCUGACUUGUGCGUGCCUUUCAAAUCGUCCCAACCCUUCCCUCCUGCUCCUCGCUCUCGCCUGCACUCAAGCGCUUCCACAUUCAAGACAUCUACUCAGCCUCGCAUCGCACCCUCUAGUUAAUACUCUCGCCUCUCGCACUCUCGACCGCUAUCUCUGACGCUCUCACGCGAUACGUUGCACACCACCCGACGCUCCGUCCCCCUUGCUUUGUUGUGAUCCCUCACUCCACCGCCCUUUCGCGCAGCCCCCCACCACCGACUUUCAUCCGGUCUGCCAUCAGCACCAUCCGCAACCAUGUCGCAGUUCUUCAACUACGGUGCGCAGCACCACACCCAGCACCUCAACGCUCACCAGCACAACAACAACCACCACGGCGGCCGAUCGCGGCGGGCACCCCGGAUCUCGGCCCAGCACCAGCAGAAGCAGUUCCGCCAGGUCCGCACGCCCAAGGAGUUCAACGUCGAGCCCCCGACAUCCAUCGCAUUCAAGCGUGACUUUGAGGCCGCCCGCUCAUUCGACAUUGAGGACGACGAGAUGUUCUGCCCGUUCCACCUGCUCACUGAGGAUGAUCUCCAGUCUAUUCACUCCUCCGGAUCUGACCGCUCGUCGCUGUCAAGCGGCUCGCCUGAGCAAUCGCCGCUCCAGCACCAAUUGCAGCCUACCCCCUCCUUUGUCCUGUCGACGGCACCCAACCCAUACACGCCGUCCAACUUCCAGCAGAACAAUGCUUCGCAGACUAAGCUGCACCAGCCACUAGCUCAGCGCACCCGCAAUGCCAUCCCUAUCGUCGACCCCUCGACACGAGCUGUUGCCAGCCCACCGCCAUCUGUCUCCCCCAACCGACAGAUGCAGCAGCAGUUCAUGUCGCAGCGACGCUGGUAAGCUUCGCAGGCACGAGGCUCAGCGACUGUCCGGUUUGAC